AUGACGGACAAACCUGGUGCUCACCGCAGCUAUUCCUUUACCACACUCGGCACGACAAUGCUUUACGGCGCAGCUGCCGGAGUAGUUGGUGUGACCGUCCUGACCGUCACGAACAAGAUCGAGCAAUUCUUCAGCGGACGUCCGGAUAGCUACGUCCCUGCGCACACCCUCGAACGUCUACUCGGGCUUCCUGACCGCCCUGACUCUGAGCGCCGGGCUUUCAAUCAGAUUGAACACUACGUACAAGGCGUUGUUCCGGCUAUGUUCCGUGCAGUGAUGUCCCUGUAUGGCAUCACAGGUCCAUUUGCGAACUUUAGCUUUAGUUUGUUGAGGCAGGGAUUUGAUCAAGUUUUGGAGAACUGGACUGGAGUCGGCGCCCCGCCGUGGACGUGGCCCGUCUACGAGCAGUGGAUUGAUCUGUUCCACAAGACUUGCUAUGCGUUCACGGUGGGAUACCUUACGGACAUGUGGUUCCCUGGAGUGUGGCCAGUGGGCGACGGCAACCGACGAGGAUACUUUGACUGA